AUGACUUACGACGAGAAGCACUGGGAAACCGAGGCCGUCUCCCUCAGGAGGAUCGCCUUCCUCGGGGUGGUUCUGUCGACUACGGCUACCCUGAUCUGCGUCAUCUCGGUGCCGAUGCUCUACAACUAUAUGCAGCACAUGCACUCGGUUAUGCAGAACGAGGUCGACUUCUGCAAGUCCCGUUCGGGAAACAUUUGGAGGGAAGUGACUCGUACCCAGGUUCUCACUACGGCUUCCAAAAGAGACCGUCGUCAAGCUGGUGGUGGCUGCUGCGGAUGUGGUGUCUCUGCUAGAGGAGCACCAGGACCUCCCGGACCAGCUGGAGAACCCGGACGUGACGGAGGACCCGGACAGCCUGGAAGGAACGGACCAGAUGGACCGCCAGCAACUCCUGCUCCACAAACCAACCCCUGCUACAACUGCCCCGCUGGACCACCAGGAGCUCCAGGAAACGCAGGACCUCGCGGACCUCCAGGAAAUCCUGGGUCAGCUGGACAGCCCGGAAGACCUGGAAACCCAGGAGGACAAGGAACUCCCGGACCACAAGGUCCACCGGGAAAUGCUGGAGCGCCAGGAAACCCAGGUGCCCCUGGCGAACCAGGAGUUCGUAUGCCAAUGCCGGGCAUUCCGGGACCUCCAGGACCACCUGGACCACCAGGUCCUCCCGGUGCCGAUGGAAACUCUGGUGGCGCAGGAACCCCAGGAAAUGCUGGUCCGAUGGGACCACCCGGAGACAACGGCAGACCUGGAGCUGCCGGACAGCCAGGUACCCCCGGAUCCAGAGGAGAGGACGGAACCAGUGGACAAAGAGGGAGUUGCGACCACUGCCCGAUUCCUCGUACCGCACCAGGAUAUUAA